AUGAAAGCCAUUAAGAUUGUCGGUUCCCGGCGGGCCAAAAUUACGACCAAAGCCCCCAUGCCCGAGCUGGCGGGGGACUGCGUACUGAUCAAGACCAUGGCAGUCGCCCUAAAUCCCACUGACUGGAAACACAUUGAUUUCAUUUCCAUCAAGGGAGCGACUGCAGGAUGUGACUACGCAGGCAUCAUCGAAGAAAUAGGAUCGGACGUUGACCCUGCCCAUGGACUCCAGAUUGGUGAUCGCGUAGCUGGAUUCAAUCAUGGCUGUAACGGAGAGAAUCUCUCGGAUGGCUCAUUUGCCGAGUUCAUUGCGGUCAAGGCACACAUCAACAUCAAAUUGCCCGACUGGAUGUCGUUUGAGGACGGGGCUACUCUGGCCGUAGGCAUCACCACCGUCGCGCAAGGAAUGUACCAGCAGUUGAAACUGCCAUUGCCAUCGGCGUCAAUGACCCCGACAGCUGGGGCUGCUACGGAGCCAAUUUUGAUUUAUGGGGGCAGUACUGCGACAGGAACACUGGCCAUCCAAUUCGCCAAAUUGUCUGGAUUCAAAGUAAUCACCACCUGCUCGCCCCAUAAUUUCUCACUGGUCCGAGAACGAGGGGCAGACUAUAUUCUGGAUCACCAUUCCCCGACGGUCGCCAAAGACAUUCGCGCCUUGACAGACGACAAGCUCUGCAUCGUGCUCGACUGCAUCACGACCGGUGAAUCUAUCAUCAAAUGCUGCGAGGCUUUGGCUCCCUCGUCCCCAGACAGGAAAAUUCAAUACUGCGGUCUGUUUACCGUCGGGGCUCUUCCCCGGACUGACAUCGAGGCUGGGUUCACCAUGUCUUAUACAGCUCUGGGCGAAUCCUUCCAAAAGUGGGACAAUUACUACCCCGGGUGCCCCGAGGAUGCCCGUUUCGUUGGGGACUUUAUGAAGCUGACUUCGAGGCUCCUCGAGGCGAAGAAGAUCCAGAAUCAUCCGGCCGAAGUGGGAUCCGGAUUAGAGGGUGUUCUGAAGGGACUGGAUCGUCUACGAAAGGGAGAUGUCAGUGGAGUGAAACUAGUUUAUACUUUGUAG